AUGGCCCCUUCCUUUGAAGAAGACGAAUUUGGCUUUCCACUUCAUGGGUCACAAUCACGACCUAUGUCGAUCUCCACUUCAUCAGAAAGUGAAGACAACAGCCAGCCAGGCUCAUCUCUCUCGACGUUGCAACGCCUCCCCAAUCCCUUCUCGGCGGCUGCUUCGGCCUUUGGAGCCAUGUUCCAGCCCUCUGAUAAGACCUCUCCGUCCAUGGACCAACGCUGCCUCUAUGACGUCCCUCCGUUUGCAGGCAACGCCGUGGUGUUACAUGAUGGUGUGGCUCAACAUGAGUCUGCGCCAUUGGACACCAUGGCGGAUGAGCAGGGAGCAGAAAGAAACCGUGGAUACUUUCAGCUGAUGCAAGGCCUUCCGCAGAGUGGCGCCGACGGGUCCUCUGCUGCUAAGGCUGAAGAAACCAAGACAAACCCGCUGUUCUCCAAUCAUGUUCAGAAGGCUCUGAGGAGUGGUAUCAUGGGAGCUGUUGCACCCAGCAACAACCCGUACCCCCAAUAUGGACUGCUGGGUAUGCGUGAACAGACAUACAACUCCUCUUUGCCAGACGCAACCAGGACUUUGUCACCUGAGGACAAUCUUGUCUUUGCCAACAUGAAUGCACCUUGGUCUGCCUUCAUAUGCGGCUCACAAGGUGCUGGGAAGAGUCACUCGCUCUCUUGCCUCCUAGAGAACUCACUCCUGGCUUCAUCUCCAGCAGGAGAGAAUCCAAAACCUCUUGCUGGCCUUGUUUUUCACUAUGACAAGUUCACAAGCAGUGAGAGCACACAAUUGUGUGAGGCGGCAUAUUUGUGCUCAUCGGGAAUUCCUGUGCGAGUUCUUGUCUCUCCGAGCAACAUUCAUGCAAUGCAUAGGCUCUACAGAAAUCUCCCUGGUCUCCCUCGAGACGCUCCGCGUCCAGAGGUCAUCCCACUCUACUUCCAAGAGAGCCAACUCAAUGUCACGCGCUUGAUGACGUUGAUGGCAGUUGACGAGACGGGAAAGGUGCCACUGUACAUGGAAGUCCUUUUCAAGGUGCUCCGUGAUAUGACCACAGAAAAGAAGGGCGCAGGAGGCUUGGAUUACCUUGAUUUCAAGGAUCGAUUGUCAGGAAAAGGCUUCAGUCCCAGGCAAAACGGACCUCUCAGACUGCGGCUGGAAUUGCUCGAGUCUUUUCUUGCGCACAAAGUCCAGCCUGCGGAGUCUGAAGCCCGCCUGAGGGACAUGUUCAAGUCUGCUCAAGGGACACUCACCAUCGUUGAUUUGAGUUGCCCUUUUGUCAACGAGAACGACGCAUGUGCACUUUUCACAAUUUGUCUUUCAAUUUUCAUGGAGAACCGCGCCGACUGUGGUCGCGUCAUUGCUCUUGAUGAAGCUCACAAGUUCCUCACAAAAUCGGGAGAGGCGGAGAAGCUCACGGACGAAUUGACCUCCAUUGUCCGUCAACAACGCCACCUCGCCUCGCGCAUUAUUAUUUCGACGCAGGAACCGACACUCGCGCCACGGCUCAUUGAUCUGUGCAAUGUCUGCAUCGUUCAUCGAUUUAGUUCACCUGCGUGGUUCGAAAUACUCCGAGACCACCUUGCUGGUGCCAGCCGCCACAAGGAUUACAACAACGCAAUGUUAUUCGAGAUGAUAGUUGGCUUACAGACUGGGGAAGCGCUAAUUUUCUGUCCUGCGGCUUUGUUUGAUGUCUACAAUGGCAAUGUGCACACAUUGAAAGACGCUUUCAUCAGAGUCCGCAUCAGAAAUCGCCUGACCGCUGAUGGUGGAAAGAGUAUCCUUGCUUCUGACGAGAUGAGAAUUGACAGAGGCGGGGAGAUCCUGACUGAGGAGCUUGUUCGACCAUUCUCGGCGCCGAUGGUGGUUUCGGGAAAACACCCAGGCAAGCAGCCAGGUAAAGCAGAACUUCGCGCAGUCAAGGCAGGACGCGUUACGAAGAGCCAACCCGUCGUGUCUCAGUCUAACAACUUGAGAAAAGGUUUGACAUUUGCCCAAGCACAAGGCUGGGAGCAAGAGGGAAUCCCAGUUUUCACAGCACAUUCAGCGCAUAGCUCAGCGAAAGGACCAACUCACGAUUCAGCACUAGGUUUUGUCCAAAGCUCUACGGCGAGUUCAGCGCAAGGUCCAGUGUAUGUUGCAAACACCGCUGCUGAUCCCGAUGACGUUUUCGCUAGUUCUCCUUCUUUUGUUCCAUUGGAGACAACCUUUCAGUCCAAUCUCUACGGAGGAAUUCCAAGCAAAUUGGAUUCGCAGAGGUGCGUCGUGAAGCAGCACGAUGCGCAGGCUUGCCUGAAGGAUUCCUCGCCGAGACUCAAUGGAAAAAUUGGUCCAGAAGAGUAA